AUGAAAAGGGACCAUGUGGCGGACUUUUUGUUCAUCAAAGUCCCCAAAAGCGCCGCAACCGUCAUCUUUUACCCGUGUGUUUUGGGAACACCAGCCAAACGUCUUGGCAACGGGAAAGUGGGGCAAGUUUCUACAGGUAACAAAGAUCAGUGCAGUUUGGAAUCUGGAAAAGAAUUCCCUGGCUGGAGUGCUCUUCAGAAACACACUGGAGUUCACACCGGAGAGAUGCCAUAUUGCUGUAAUGAAUGUGGUAAACAGUUUUCACAUAUAAACAGUCUUCACAGACACACUAGAGUUCACACAGGAGAGAAGCCGUAUUGCUGUAAUGAAUGUGGUAAACAGUUUUCACGUAUAAACAGUCUGAAGAACCACACUAGAGUUCACACGGGAGAGAAGCCAUAUUGUUGUAAUGAAUGUGGUAAACAGUUUUCAAGAAUGAGUAACCUUCGUAGCCACACUAGAGUUCACACGGGAGAGAAACUGUAUUGCUGUAAUGAAUGUGGUGAACAGUUUUCACAAAAGAUCAGUCUCCAGAGACACACUAGAGAUCACACUGGAGAGAAGCCAUAUUGCUGUAAUGAAUGUGGCAAACAGUUUUUACGAAAGAUCAGUCUUCAGAGACACACUAGAGUUCACACUGGAGAGAAGCCAUAUUGCUGUGAUGAAUGUGGUAAACAAUUUUCACAAAUGGGAAAUCUUCAGAGACACACUAGAGUUCACAACGGAAUAUAAAGGGUAGCAGUUCAAAGAUCAGUCCAGAAAAACUAGCGUCCUUCAGGACCCGUGAGUGAGGUUCACUUCUGUCUUGAAAAGUAAGCAAACUAAACUAUUGUUGACAAAUUAAUAUCUGAGCGAAGCCAUAUUGCUGUUUACGGUGAUACCAUCGUUCAACUGAAAGACAACACCCUGGUAACUUCUGUUUUUCACAA